AAUCCAACAUGCGCGGCUCGCGCCAAGCGCUAUGUACUUAGUUUCUGACUUGGGCUAUGUCCAAACAAUGUUUGUAAUUCUUACUGGCAAUGGUUUAGUGGCAAAAUAAUACAAAUGUUUGAUAGAACUAAGCAAUGUAAUCUUUCACACAAAAUGAUGAUUCGCCUAAACAAUUUUUUGUACGUUUUCAAUUUACGACAGGGCACAAUUCUAAUUGCCGUCCAUCAAAUCGCAUUAUCGUCUUUCAUAUUAAUAAUAUUGCUAGUUGGUAUAUCCCAUGUCGGGGAAAUGUUGUCAAUGUUGCACAACGACAUGGAAGAUGAUGCCGACAGGCGCGGACUGUAUGAAAUGGCUUACGGGGAUCAUUUCAGCUACCACAAUGGAGAAGUGAUAAGCACAAACAAUCAGCGCAGAUUUGCAAAAGCACGACAUUUGGCAUCAGUGACCGUGAUAUUUCUGUAUACAAGCACGAUGCUGACAUCGAUUUACCUGAUGUGUUGUAUCUCGUUGCUUCACGGCGCAGUCAAGUACAAGCGCGAGUAUGUACUGCCUUGGAUCAUGGCAGCUUGCAUCGGGGUAGUCCUACUUAUUGUGGCCAUCAUCGUUGGAGACGGAUACCCGUGUGUUGUUAACCUAUUUGGAGGUCACAAUCUCUAUCAUUUUGGCUGCGCACUAUUCGUGUUAACUUUUAUCUACGCUAUAUGUGCUGUGAGCAGUUUUGCCUUAGAGACUGGUAGUGGUAGAUGUGCUCGCAACGUUCGAGCUGCCAGCGACGAGAGAGGCGAGCGCCUGCUCCUUCUGGACCAUGCUGCGCACUCCAGCUUAUUAUCUGCCGCCCAACUUAACAAACUAAAUAGUGGAACUCGAACACAUUUCGUCUAGAAGCCUCCGCUACUUACUUAAUAAUCCAUAUGGCUGCUACAUACCUUAAUACUUAGCUAAUAGUCACGCACCCAGCUACUCGCAAAGUUAGUUCAUAUCGUCACGUAAACUGUUAACUCUGUUGAUAGGUGUUAAUUACUAUAGUAGUUUGUAAUGCUUUGUAAAACUCCAAAAAGCAGGAAGUUAUGCAUUUGUCGUGUUAGUGUCUCACCCUACACGUACGCACCAAAUUCUCCUAGAUUAACUGCUCCUGUGUUUUCUAUAUCACCUUGAGGAGACUUAGGCGGUGAUAGUAUCGUGCAGUCGUGCUAGAACAUAGUUCGAUACCUUCUUCAAAAUGUGCCCUAUACCUUUAUGGUCAAAACUGCCAGAAAGAAAUUAAAAAUACUAAAGUACUACUAACUCAGUAGGUACUUAUGAAACAUGAGUAACAAAUGGAGAAUAAUAAGUGCGACACCUUUGCCUACUUUAGGUAAAAAGACAAUGUGAUUGUCAAUUAUGAAUCAUAAUACCGUUUUUCGAUUUUCGUUUGUAUUUACAGAGUAGGUACAGAUUUGUGCACAAACCAAGUGGUGUGUUGUGACUAAAGAAUGACUCGAUGGUGUUGCUUGAAUUAAAAUAUUUCUUUGUAUUUUAUGAACAAAAAGAUCAUGUAUUGUAAUCUAAAAAAGAAAUAGAUUUCUAGAUUUGUGAUUGCUUAAAGGCCAGUUAACGUCCGAAAUUUUUGAAAUAAGUAGCAAAGGUUUAGGUAUUGUUACUCUUUAUCAAAAAAUACUUGAUGUGAUAUUAUUUUAUAAAAGUGACAAAUUAUUAUUGUUAAGAAAAUAAUCAGAGAUUAUAACUGAAAAUGUUGAUUUAAAUCUACUAAGAACAUUAAAUUAAUACGACUUUGUUUUAAAAACCAUGUAAAUUUUAAUGAAUGAUAGAUAUUUUAAGCAUUAUUCUAUUAAAAUGCUUCAGGAAAUGUGCUAUUAUAUAAAAAUAAACAAAACAUUAAUCUUUUAA